AGUCAAGCUAACAAGUCAAAUAUAAAUUAUUGUUAAUAUAAAUUUACGUAAAUUGAACAAUGGACUAUCAGCAAUAUUUUCACAAGCAGCUGCAAAUAUUUAAUUAUCAUCUACACUCAGACUAUGGACUGCUGCUAAAGGCAGCCACUUGCAUUGCCUUUGGUGCAAUCUUUGGCUGGCUCAUGGGCGUCAUCACUUUGAUUAUCUAUAAACUGGCGGAACGCUUUGCAAUGCCAGCCAAGCAUAAUUUCAACUAUAUGGAUGAUGAGUUCGAUUUGGAUUUGGAUACAGAUACAGUGCGUGGUGGUGGUGGCCAUGGGGCAAAGCGGGCUGAAGAGGCGCUGCAUGCAGCUUAGCGACGCGUUUUAGGCUUUGCCAUUGAUCUAUUGAGUGUGCAUGUUGCAACUGACGCUCUCAAGUUGCACUUUAGACAGUCUCAAGUGGCGGCGCAAAGUCAUUAGCAGCACAUUUCUUUAGCCUCGCUUUUUUUUAUUACAACGUUUCGCCGCAGCGCUUUAAAUUCAAUUACUCAUACGCCACGUACAACCGCUUCGAACCACAUAAAAGCUGCCACACACGCCUCGACCUGGGCCUGGGCCUGGGCCUGGGCUGCCUGAUUCUGAACAUUGCCACAGGCUUGAAAUAUUUAAUAAACCAUAUCGCUUAUUUUCUCUCUCA